AUCAUAUCUUACACGAUAUCCAUGUGUUUCUUGAUCGUUUGGUUUCGUCGAAUGAAUCGCUCGGAUAAGCCGUUUAUCCAAAGACUUAGAAGUUCCGUGUACUCAAUUAUUCGUUCUUUACCAUGGGUAAAACGUCGGGUGAAAGCUGAUCUUGAGAGAGCCCGUAGGGAAAUUGAAGAAGAAGUUCAUCAGUGUGAUCAGAAACGUGAUUUUUACAAGUUUUUGCCGGAGCAUCCACUUAACCCCGAAGAUAUUCUAUCAGAAGCUCGGCAGUAUGCAGCUAUGGGUGAGCGACGUUAUAUGGAACAUUACGAUCCUCGUUCAAGAACUCAAGACAUGACACUUUGCGCUAAGAUCUAUGAUCUCUUUUCUCAUUCCGAUCCUCAUCGGUCGGAUGCUUUUCCAGGUGCGAGAAAGAUGGAAGCAGAGAUACUGCGAAUGGCAUUGUCAAUGUUCCAUGGCGGAGUCGAAGCUUGUGGUGUUGUGGCAGGUGGUGGAACAGAAGCGACAUUGCUUGCUUGUCUU